AUGUAUCUCGGACUUUGCAACCUCAAGACGCGCUAUUAUUUCGAAAAACGGCAUCAUAAUGCAAACUAACGCUUGCAUUUUUUUAGUAAUUUUAGGUUUAAGUGGAUUAAGCCUUACGGUAUCACAACAACAACAAUACAAACAGAUUUAUGAAUUACCUGAACAUCUCAAGGAGAUGGCAUGUCAGGAAGACGACCCCGCAAUUAAUGAAUGCAUACGUAAAGGAUUACAAUAUGGAAUUGAUUCUUUGAAAACUGGCGAACCCGGCGCCAAUAUACCGGUUAUGGAUCCUUUUCAUAUCAACAAAGUUAGUUAUCAGUUCUCCAAUGAUUUUGUCAAAGGCAAAGUCAGCCUGCGAAAUAUCAAAAUUGAAGGAAUAAGCAACAUCAAGUUGAAGAAAGUUGAUUACUCGAGAAAAGGUAACCGACUCCGUACGAUCGUGGACAUGGACAUUCCACGUAUAACCGCCGAAGGAAACCAUAAAGCUGAUGUUCUAAUAAAUAACGUAAAAAUUUCAUCAAAAGGCUCUUUUGCUGUAACCUUAACUAAUGUUGUUGGCAAAUUAACAUUGCACAGUGAAGCCUACGAACGAGAUGGUCACGAAUACGCCCAUCCAAGAAAAAUAACAUUUGAGCCCGAUGUAGGUGAUAUGAAACUAAAAGCCGACGGCCUAUUGCCCGAGCCAGCUCUAAACGAUGCUAUUGUGGAUUUCAUAAACGAAAAUUGGCGUCAAUUUUAUAAAAUCCUAUUUACAGAAGCUCAGUCUACUUGGGAACCGGCAUUGAUAACACUUGUGGAUGAUUACAGCGCUUACAUUCCUCUUGAUAUAUUAAUAGUAAAGAAAUCGUAGAGGAUAAUUUAAAUCCUUAAGGGUGAUUGUAACCAUACAAAUAAAACAAUAAAAUAAAUUUUUUUAGAAUA